GACGACGAGCUGCCUCCGAAUCCGCCUUUCUCUUCCCUUCAACCCACCGUAUCGCAUCACAUAGUAUCCUUCUCCGCCGGAUACUUUUUCCCUCUCUCGCAAUGUCUACCGCCGAGCUCGCUUCUUCCUAUGCUGCCUUGAUUCUGGCCGAUGAUGGCGUGGAAAUCACGGCCGACAAACUCCAAACCCUCUUGAAGGCUGCCAAUGUACAAGAUGUUGAACCUAUCUGGUCUACGCUAUUCGCCAAGGCUCUUGAGGGCAAGGAUGUAAAAGAUCUCCUGCUCAACAUCGGAUCGGGCGGUGGUGCCGCGGCCGCGGUCGCCAGUGGAGCGGGUCCUGUCGCUGCUGAAACUGGCGGUGCUGAGGAGAAGGUGGAGAAGGAAGAAGAGAAGGAAGAGUCCGACGAGGACAUGGGCUUCGGUCUUUUCGACUAAAUGACUUUCUUUAUUUUUUUCCCUUCGCGUUUACUUCCUCCUCCCAAUUCACCUAUUGGCGUGUACUCGUAAUUGUGAGAAAUAAUAAAAAAAACAUACAAUAAAGAGAAAUGGGAUGCACAGCUACGACCCUUUUACGGACAGAUCUCCUCCCUUGACGAAAUUAAGAAAAUGCAAAUUUCACUUGGCAGUUGGACCAGAUGAUCGGAUUCCAAUGGAUUGAAUUUCUUUUUCCCUUUUAUGUCAAUAUGAUCUGCUUCUAUUAAUGUCAUAUGGUUCAUGGUCAUGAUUGUCGUAUUCGUCCAUUUUUUUUAAAAAAAAAAGAAACAAAGAAAGAAAAC